UUCGUUUCAUUUUGUGGACAAAGCGCCAACGGAAGAAAACCCUUACCCAAUGCUUUAUCUGGGUUAUGAGAAGCCACCUGAGAAGAAACGCCGAAGAGUCGUCAGGAUGAGUGUUGACAGUCAAGUCGCAACAACAACAGACCAAGCUGUGAUGGUGUUCGAGCAGCCUCAAACCUUCAAGGAUGCCCAAACACAGUGGAUGGAUCCAGCUGAGGAGGACCAUACCUACUCUAAAGGAUCCAUCCUUAUGUGUGACAUGAUCAUCACACCUGCCCCUGAGAUUUCACUGUCCAUUGCAGAGGUUACACUGAAAGGUGAUAAAGACUGUCUGUUGUACACAGGGAUUCCUCUACUUGUGUUCAACACUCUUGUCUCCUGUCUACGAGGUUUUGUGCGCCAGUCAUCAACAAUGCCAGCUCAAGAUGAAGUUUUGUUAACACUCAUGAAGCUCAGACAUAACUUUGCUGUAGCUGAUUUAGCGAGGCGCUUUAAAAGAUCAGCCAGUCAGGUCAGUAAAACACUUACGCAUUGGGUUGAUAUCCUUGCUGAGCACACCAGGGACCUCAUUCCAUGGCUGCCCCGUGACACUAUAAAAGCAACUAUGCCAAAGGUUUUUCUGCCACAUUUCUCUGAUUUAACUUGCAUCAUUAACUGCACAGAGAGUGUUCUGCAAAAAGCCAAAAACUUAGACUCGCGCUCUGAGUCUUACAGCCAUUACUAUGCAAGUAACACUGUUAAGUACCUUGUUGCCAUUGCUCCAUCAGGGAUGCUGAUGUUUAUUUCAGAGGCUUUUGGUGGGAAGUGUAGUGACAGGUAUAUUACACAGAACUCAGGGUUUCUUGAUUUUUUACGUCCUGGUGAUGUGGUGAUGGGGGACCGUGGGUUCACAAUUAGAGAUCUUGUUGAGGAGAGGAGGGUAAGGCUAGUCAUACCUGCGUUUACACGCAAACGCAGCCAGCUAACCAAUGAGCAAGUGACUCAGAUGAGACGGAUAGCAAAUGUACGCAUUCAUGUGGAACGGGCUAUAAGGCGUCUCAAAGUGUUCAAGAUCCUGUCACAAACCGUGCCAAUAAGCUUAGUUCCUAAAAUUGAUAUAAAAUACUUCAGAUUUGUGCAGCUCUCAUAAAUCUGAGAGGAGAGCUUAUCUCCAGCAAUUAAUAUCUUACAUAUUAUUAAACAACAUCUUGUUUAUUUAUGAAUUACAUUUAUUUAUUCCUAUUUAUUUUUUUAUUUUUUUUAUACAUACACAUUUAUUCAUAGAGAGAAACAUACAUACAUAGAUGCAUAUAUAUAUAUAUUGUACAGAGAUAGAUGCAGAGAGAUACACACACAGAUUCAUACAUAGUAUUAAGAUGGAUACAGAGAACAGUGUAGAUACUUUAUAAAUUUAGAAAAAAUAGACAGGAUAAUUCUAGAGAUAAUUACAUUUAUACAAAGAUGAAAAAGGUCACUUCUGAAUCACAUUCAUCACAUUGUUGAAAUGGGGUUAAUGUCAUAUUCUUUUUUUCUUUUUACAAUAGAACACAAAAAAUGUAUUUGUACAUAUAUUAUAUGAAGUUGUAUUUAUAC